AGACAAUAAUAUUGAUAACAGAAGCUAUAAACAACAAAUAACUAAUCUAUGGAAUGAGAAAUAUAAACCCAUUGGCAACAAAGAAACAGAUGAAUCCUCACCUAAACUUAAUGCUUUAUCUGCUCAUAUUUUUAAAAAAAGAAAAAUU